GCUGGUUUGAUUUUUGCGCGCUCCAUUCGUGCGCUCUGCAGUUGCGUUCGUGCGCUUUUUGAAAAUAGUUACAAGAUGUUCAUCGAAGUGAGUAGAACGCCGGAGCGGGUAAUUGGACAAGCAGUGGUUGUGUGCUAGCCCCACAAUAACAACAAGAAGAAGAAUAAGAAACAGAAGAAGCAGAUGAAAACAGUGCAGUGAACAUCAUUCAUUCAAUUGAACAAACCGAGCUAAGCUGAACGGAACUAAAACACAUGUGAACGGAUAGUAACUACACGUACUCGUAUGCAAGCUUAUUGCAUCGGCAAAACAAAUACCAGUUCAUAUAUAAAUAAAUACAUACAUACUACGCAUAUGUACAAUUAAAGCUACAUAAUCAUAUUAACGCACAUAUAAGUACGAACAUGUACAUUUUUUGCAUAUGGUCAAGCUCAGUUUGAAAUUCCUCGAGCUCUGCCUCCUCCGCAUUAUCAGCAGCGCAGGCGGCGCGCGUGUUCGUGCAACGAAGUGCCAAAAAAAUUCAGAAUUUCCUAUAAAGCCAUUAAUACAUACAAAUUUAUAAGUAUGUGUAUGUAGGCACAUGAAGUAUAUAAAGUGCAUUUCCUUCAACGCGCCACAACUAUUGCAACAAUUGCUAUUUCCCCCCGACUGUGCGUGGUAUUUAAAACGUGCUGACCGUUGCCUCUUGGCUUUUCCCUAAAAGAAAAUUCAUCUAAAAAUAAAAUAGACCAAAAACUAAACGCGAAACAAAAGAAUCGCAGCACUAUUGACGAGCUCUCGUUGUUAAAAUUAUAAAAAUACCAAAAGCAAAGGGUAAGACUCGGGGAGCCGAACCAAAAAAGUGCGUGUUGUGGCAUUUUCCACGUUCAAAUUUUUUAGACGAAACCAAGAAAAUGUGCCAAAAAUAAACCUCCAAGUGCCGUUGCGGCUGCAUUUCUCUUUUCCGCUAAAUAAAACACAAAGUGUAAUCUGUGGAUGCAUACAUUUAAAUAAUAUGCAAAAAUUCCAAAUCAAAAAGUGCAAUAGUUUCGGCGGUGCUGCAGUGAUUCGAGUGCAAAUGACCCGAAAAUAAAUAAAUAUAGUAAAAAAAUAAUAAUGCCAAAAUUUUGUUCCUUUUGUUGAUGUACAUAUAUACAUACACAUAUAUUUUGAAAAUACACACACAAGUGUGUGCGCAUUGAAAUUGUUCAAAUAUAAACAAACAAUGAGUGUUUGAUGCAGUCGACGAUAUUUCUGAAGAGUCUCUUUUUUUUGGCCUUCUCGUCAACACUUUUCUACUUGCAAGCCAUGUACAUUAUUUUCUUGGAUACCAACACAUAAGAAGAGUUUUCAUUUCGAUCUGCAUCCGAAGAGUAACCUUGAAUAUAGCAAAAUUGUUUACGUCACAUUUGGAAUAUUUGCGAUUUGGAUACGAAACGCUCUCCUUGGGAUCAAUCAGAAAGUUGACAUGCCCUCAGCUAACGGAACUCCUUACAUAUCGUAACCCCUUAACUUGGCUCAGCCAUUGUUGCUGCCAUGGACCUACCCUCGAUGGUGCAACGCUCCGGCGACACUCUGAUCGUGCGUAGUGUAGUUAGCGGCAACCAACUGUACAUGGACCAAUCCAACCACAGCAGCAGCAGCAACAACAACAACAGUGGCAGCAGCAACAACAGUGCUAGCAACAAAGCAUCGCCACCGGCCACAGGGCUUGCAACAGCCGCGAGCAGCGUGCUGGAGCAACAACUGGAGCGCUUUCGCAUUCAACAGCUGCUGCAACAACAGCAGCAGCAGCAGGCAGCCGCCGCCGUGGCCGUUGUAAACACCGUGCAGCAGCAACAGCAGCAGCAACAGCAGCAGCAGCAGCAACAACAACAACAACAACAACGUCUAGCUAUGGACGCCAAGGAGGAGGGUCUGCCGCAGUGUAAGAUCAAGCGCAACUACAGCUGCAACCAUUGCGCCUACUUCACCCAGAACCCACGCUACCAUCUGACCCACCUACGAGACGUGCAUGGCGAGAAAAUAGUCAUCAACAAAUGCAAGCUGUGCCUGUACGCCUCCCGCCACUUCCAGAAGCUUGUGCGACACAUGAAAAUGGUGCACGGAUGCACCGACGGCAUACCCAGCGGGCACGGGCAGGCACGUGGCAAGCGUGGCAUGAGCCGAGAGGCACGCAAGCGACGCCUUGAGGAGAGCGUUGGUGUAAUGAGCGGCCAGGUUACUGCCAGCGGCCUGUCCGUGCCCACACUGGAGCAAGUGAAGCGGGAACUGCAGCUUCAGGAACAGAAGCUGCAUCGCGACAUCGAGGCAUUUAAUCAGCGCCAGCGCGAGGAGCAGCAACAGCAAUUGGCCACCAGUGCCAGUCUCUUCGUGAGCAGCUACGAGCAGCAGCUACAGCUGCAAGCUUUGCGUGAGUUUGAGGCACGUGAGACUUAUGAGCGUGAUGCGCAGCAAUCGCCAUCAGCAGAGAACAAUAGCCACAACAACAGCAACAGCGAUGUGGUUGCAAACAGCUACCUGACACAUCCAACCGUGGAGCUCGCUACACCGUCGCCGAGCGGCUCGGCCACUCCACCUUCCGCUUCCGACACGCCACAGCCCGUAUCAGCCCAUGCCGGUGCUAACUACGAAGAACCACUGAAUCGCCUGCUGAAGUGCAGCGUGUGCGACUUCACGACCAUGUACCGUGCUCAGCUCGUGGAUCAUGAGCUGGAGGUGCACCACAAGACCAAGUUUUUCCGCUGCGACAAGUGCAGCUACGUAACGCACAUCAAGGCGCGGUUUAGCAAGCACGUCAAGUACCACUCCAUGCCGAUGAUCAAAUGUGUGACCUGCGACUUCCGCACGCCCUACAAGUGGAACCUUGACCGUCACAUGAAGAACCACGGUGGUGCGGGGCCCUUUAAAUGUGCUGCCUGUGACUUCACGGCAGACAUCAAGCAGUCCCUGACAGUACACGAAAUGAAUCACCAUGUGCCGCCUGUUGGUAAUGCAGCAGGCAUAUCCUUGUCACGGCGCCGCAACAAGGUAGGCGGCACUGAUCUAUGCGAUGACUUUCUCAGUGAUUCGGCUGAGCUGGAAGAUCAGUACAACAACAACAACCUGGAUGAGGAAUAUGAUGAUGUGGGGCUCAGUGCCGAGCACUACGGCAAGCGUGGAAAAUUCGACGAGGAAGAGCCCACGGAUCUGUCACAGAAAGGAGGCUCGUCGGACACCUCUAGUGUGGGUACGAGCACACCGCGGGCUAAGCGACCGGUUCCCAAUCUCAUACCCAUCACAAAGGGCUCCAAAGACGUGCUUAAUCUCUCUAGAGAUACAAACGCAUCGCGCAGCUCUCUUACGGAAAUAGCAUCAAUGUUUUUCAAUGAUAAGCAAAUAACCGAGAUGCUUGACAAGUCGGACGUACCACAGCUAUCCCCAACUACGACUAUUACUUCUCACACAUCCAGUCAUUCGCGCAGUCUGCUUGCAAAGAAAUCCAGCGGAAGCUUCUUCGAAAAGCUGAAGACCAGCGGUGCACAGCACGAGAAUCUCAUGUGCCCAUGCGGCCAUGUGGCUAAGUGCCUAUCCGAGUCCAUUAUACACGGAAAAUCCUGCAAUGCAUCUGUAGUCAUCAAUGAUGAUCUAAAUGAUGAGGAACACGAGGACGAUGCCGAUGGGCGUCUUGAAAUAGACGAGGACGAUGAGGAUCGGCAGUCACACUCGGCAUUGAACCUAAGCGUAUCGGGAUCCACGCGUUGCCAACACUGUCGACACCGCUGCAAGUCCUCCACGGACCUCCUGCACCACCUUUCUCAAUGUGCAGAGGCGAUUCGCUGCGCCAACGAGAUGUACGAUUCCAAUUCGGGCGAGAGUGGGGAGCGCACGGAUCCCAAAUUGCUGCGUCAGCAGGCUGAAGUGCAACAGCAACGUGUCUGCAUUUGGAACAAGGCGGCAAAAGAGAUUACUGCUGCAGUUCAUAAUAGUGCGGACAAAACCAGUGCCGGGUCGAACAAGUCCAUAGUUGGCACUUCUGGCAGUGCCAAUCAGUUAGCAGGUCCUAAUGAAGAAAACAGCUACUACGGCGUGGAAACAGCACCGGGCUACGGCGAGGUAACCAAAAAGAUGACGGCUGAGGAAGAAGCUGCCAACUCGUCACUGAAGAAGGUGUACAAAUGCCCGCACUGCUCCUUCUGGGCUUCCACCGCUUCACGCUUUCACGUUCACAUCGUGGGUCAUCUCAACAAGAAGCCCUUCGAGUGCUCGCUCUGUUCCUAUCGCUCCAACUGGCGCUGGGACAUCACCAAGCACAUACGCCUAAAAACCAUUCGUGAUCCCUCGCAUAAGUCGGCCAAGGUACUGAUGAACGACGAGACCGGAAGACGCAACUACACCAAGUACAAUAAGUACAUCACACUGAUGAAAGUCACCGAAGAAGAUGGCGAUCCAAAGCUUAUGAAGUCGGGUGAGAUGACACCGAACCAGGUCGCAUCUCUAGCCUUCUUGAAGGACUAUAACAAGGUGCCUAGCAAUCAGGACAUCACCUUGGAGGCGGUCUCCACGAGCAAAGUAAACGCUCUGGAUGAUCCCCACUUGGCAGAUAAUCUCAUUCGCAUACCACUCCUGGCCACCAUGAUGAACGCAGCCAUGGCCCAGCAACAACACCAGCAACAUCAACAACAAAAGGAGCAGCAGGACCAAGGCCAUGCCCAUGCAAUGAUCACACCUUCAGUGACCAUUUCUCCGGUGAAGCGGACAGCUAGCUCAUCGUCCUGCAAGCCAACCGACGAUCUCAUUACUGAGGUCCAUCAGGAGGGCAAUGAAAAGAAGACCUUCUACAGAUGCCGUAAAUGCAACUUCAGACACAACAACCGUGACGCUGUACUGGCACACGUGAAGAUUCACUACCAGGAUCCCAACCAGCCCAUUGUCACCGCCACCAUGAACAGCUCGUCUAAGUCACCGCUGCAGGUCUCGGUUAAUUCAAAUCCACAACUCUACAUGAACAAAGUAUUCGCAGCAAUGUGCCUAUCCCAACCCUCGCCUACGGCUAGCGGCUCUGUGCCCGUCGGGCCUGGCACCGCCGCUAUCAGCAACAACAACCAACAUUCCAUAAUAUCCGCUGGUCUGCUGCAACGCGCCAUUCAGGAGGCCCAGCAUUCACCUACACCCAACGCCAGCGCUCUCAGUGGCCUGGCGCUCGCUCUAGCCGGCAACAAGUGUACCAGCCAUGCGACCAGUGCCUCCACAGCCCCACCAAAAGCCAGUGCCGCCUCCAUUUUAGAGCACGGUGAGCAGAAAGCGAGUCAAAACGAGGCAAGUGCCGACAGUCUGACGUCGCCCAGUACCACAUCAGCAGCAGCAUCUUCGUCGUCCUUUGCGACGAUGUCGCUGCAAGAUCUGCUGACCUCACCACGUGCUUCUGGCACUAAACACAGUCACAACAACAGCAACUACGGUGCGGGUGCUACAUCAUCAACAGCCACAGCCACAACAUCAGCCACCAGUGUCCAAACUAAUUUUAAUGCUAAUAAUAACUCGGUUAUGGGUUCCGGAUACAAUGCAGACCACAAGCUGCCGCCGCCAAGCACCGUCGCGUCCGUCGCAAUUACCAAUUCGAACACAAUACCCACCAACACCACCAAUAUGUCGCCUAUUCCAGUAACUACCACUUCUAUUCCUACUUCUUUUCCAAACCUAACUAGUGCAAGUUCUUUGCUACAUAAUCCGGGUAAUGAUAACCACUCAUCCCACUCCGACACUCACAGCCAACGCCAGAGCCAGCCCCAAGGUGCUGCCAAUGGCGUUGGUCUUCUCAUUGACGCUGGUGAUGGUUGCUUUACGGGCAAUGUUGUAACCUCCUCGCAUACUAAUCCCAACUGUAAUAGUACAACACCAAGUGUCGCGGUCGGGGCCAUUACUAAGAACACAUCUAUGUUGACAUCGUCGUCGUCAUCCUCGCCAUCGUCGGCGUCAUCGUCGUCGCUAUUGUUGUCUUCGUCUUCGGCCUCGGCAUCCUCAUCAGCAUCGAACGCGUCUGCCUCGCCGCACUCGCCGCCGCCCUCGUUUAUGCAUGCCUCGCAGGCAUCGCGCUUCCAUAGCCAUAGUCCAAGUAGUACAAGUUUGUUAACGGUGAACGAUGGCGAUCGACGCGAUCCGUCGCCAUAUCGUUGUGGCCACUGCCAUCAGGUGUCGAAUUGGAAACAUGUCAUUCAGCGGCACUGUCGCUUAAAGCAUUCCGGGGAUAUUCGGAUCGAGACCCUUGAGCGCAACUCAAAUGCCAGCAACGCCGCGCCAGUUUAUCGACCUCUUGGCGCCGGGGCGACAAACGAGUCCCACAGCACCAACAACAACAACAACACCAAUAGCAGCAGCAGCAACAACAACAAUAAUACGAAAGUAUCUCUCGGCUCCAGCAACACCAAAAACAAUACAGCCCUCCUGAUGAGCAGCAAGCAGCUCGAACAACUCCUGCACUCGCCCCUAUCGGCCAGCGCGGCCGCCGUUGUAAACGCGGCGAACACGCAGCAGGAUCUGCAAGCGGCCGCUGUGUACUGGGCAGCUGCUUGUAAGGCGGUCAACGCUGUGGCCAAUGGCACCUCCAGCCUCAGUCCAGAGGAGAUGCUGCAGCUUCAGCAGAACGAUCAGAUCGAAAUCACGCGCUUGUCGUCAUCAACGGGCAGCAACCUGACGCUGCUACUGGACCAGCAACAACAUGCAACUAAUGCCAACAGCAACAAUAACAACAACAGCAACACGAAGAGCAAGCAGCAGAAGUGUCCGGUGUGCCCCUACAUUUCGGAGAGCAAGUCCCAGAUGAACUAUCACGUCUCACUUCAUAAACCCACCCAGUAUGAGUGCAGGCUCUGCAGCUUUGUUUGCGCCAAGAAGCAACACCUGAGCAGCCACAUGCGGAGCGUGCAUCAGCAACAUCAGCAGCAGCAGCAACAACAACAACAACUGGUAGCCACAGAGUCUAUGGGACUGGACUUUAGUAUGGCACUGCAACUGGCCGCAGCCGCAACUCAGGCCCAAAAGGAUGUGGUCGGCAUUCCUUUGGCUAUGGAUUUGAGCCACCUGAACUUAGACGCGCAAAAGCCUAGCGACGAACUGCCACCGGAAUAUCAAUACAAACUCAUCAGCUACUGCCCCAAAUGCCCAGCUCGCUUCGCCCAGAAGCACAACGAGAAAAGUGACACCAGACAGGCAUUAUCCCAGCACCUGCAGGCCCAUAGCCCGAGUGAGCUAGACGCCGAGGAGGUCUACGUUUGUGCCUUCUGCGAGUAUCACGCCAGUGCUGAGACUAUGCUGCAGCUUCACAGAGCCGUCCAUAUGUCGCAUUACCAGGAGAAGUGCCAGCAACUGUACAAGAACUGCAAGGAAGACGCCGAGUAUCCGGCGCCAAAGCUCCUUCAGAUCAACGACACCAGCAACAAGGAGCUACCUGAGACUAUUUGGGUGGUGGACAACGAGCUGAGCGCGCAGCUGCUGAAGCAGAAUGUGAACGUCAGCUCCUCAUCGACUCCAGCAACAGCAGCGGCUGGUGGCAGCUACGAUAGCAACAACUCCCUUCUCAAAAAGCAGCUAGAGUCCGGUGGUGGUGGUGGUGGUGUUGCUCAACUGUCUCGCGAUCAAGCUCUGUCCAAGCCCCAGUGCGACGAGGAUGAGCUCAAUAGCACCUCCACACCCUCGACAAGCGCCUCUGUCGCCACCAGCGACCUGGCUGCAGACGCCAGCAGCGAAGUGGGCUCCAUGGACAUGCCCCAAUCGGCGCCGGCACCAGAGCGCUGCUUACACUGUCCAUACGAAACGGACGAGCAUGAAGCACUGCGGCAGCACAUGCAAAAGCAUGCAUAUGUCUCGCAACCGCCAGCAGAUGCCCACAAAUGCGCCCAUUGCGACUACAGCGAUGUGGACAUGGCGCACAUCGAGGCUCACACGGCCGUCCACUUCAACGCCAGCGAGAAGCUCAAGUCCGUGGAGUUCUUCACGUGCUACGACAACCUGGAGAUCAGCGUGGAGCGGGAGCCGGAGCAAGAAGACGAGGAUAUGGCGACGCAGGGCAAGCAGGAGGAGGAGCAUAACAACAAUCAGGACAACGUCGUCAAUGCGAAUGUGCAGCGACUCCACGAAUUGGAGAAGGCUGCAGAGCAUGCGCAAGAAAAGAAAGCCAGCACUAAGAUUAUUCUCUACAAAAAUGAAGGGACUUUAAGUGUGAAGCCUCCUGAUGAUGGCGCAACAAACCAGCGGAGCGAGAACAUCAGUGAUCGCCUGCGCCGCCGUAUCCUACGCGGUACUCCUCAAUCCUCAAGCACAGCUCCGCCCCAACCGGCCGAGGAUCAGGAGAUGCCCGACAAAAUGAUUCUGGUUAAUGCUAAGACGGGCAAAGUAAUAUGCAGAAAAUAGGCGUAUGCUUCGCUGUAUAUUAAGCCGACAAACACAAAUACAUUUAUACAAGUGUAUAUUAUUGUUAAACCCACAUCAGACAUUCGAGAAUUGUUGCCAGCCCUUUGCACAAAAGACUCAUUUGACCAGUCUGAAGAAUCAAGAGACAUAUAAUUCUGCCAAUUGUGUAGACAAUUUUAUUUAACUCUAACAGUGCAAAGGUUUGGCAACAAAUCUGCUUACUUCUGUUCUGAUUUCUUUAUUUAUUAAUUACUUAGUUGUUUUUUGAUUUCGUAUGUAUGAGUUUUCUACCUAAUUGCAAACCGUUAUUAUGUUGUUGUUUUCUUUUUUGGGUAGGUAUUUAAUUUAAGGCACCCACGUUUUAUUGUUACUAAUACCACACACUCACAGAAACACACACACACACGUAUAUAUAUAUAUAUAUUUCUAUAUAUAUAUAUAUGGAACACGAAACCGACCAUGUUCCUGCACUUAGAAAUUUGUCCUAGAUUAUAAUUUUGUUUUAGCUUAGAUGUACAUUUGUUUUAACUUAUGAUAUAAAGAGGGUGCAGCAUAUGAUUUACUAAAACUAAACAACAUAUACGAUACACGAAGAGAUAUUAUACAUUGAGAAGCUUGCACAAAACAUCUCACCCGAGCCUAAUAGUGCAUAACUAAAUGUAUUGCAAACAUAUUUUGCCUACGAGCAUAAAGAAUUGCUGACGCAUGUCCGCAUGUUCGGCAUGUCUUGCACAUAGUUUGUACAUACAUACAUAUAAAUAAAUAAAUAUAUUUGCAUACAUACAGACCUACAUGGAUAUGUAGGCGUUAAGCACCAGCCAAAAUUCCAAUGAGUUUCAAAAAAUCAUUUAUAGAAUACACAUCAAAAAUUCAAAAUUAACUCUUGCUAAUCGACAAAUUUUGUUUUUGAAUGGGAACUGUGAUUAUUGAUAUGAUAAACUAUUGUAAAUGCAACAUCAUUAAAUGAAUAUGGUACUUUAUACAUGCUAUAUAAAUAUUUAAUUAAAUAAUUUUAAAACUUAUGUAUUACACCUAAACAGGCUUGUUUUACAACAGCAAAACAAUAUUAUCAUUAACAAAGUAAAUGAAAAGAGCACAUGUGGAAUAGCGGGGCCAUAUUUAAAUAAAUAAAGUAGUAAAAGUAUACAAGAACAGUUAAUUGAAAAUCGCCUUUGUAUACAUAUUAAAACAGUCUCUAAAAUUAAACUACAAUUAAAUAGUUUACAGAUUUAGUUGUUUACUACGCACAUACACAUUUGCAAACUACAAACUUUCAAACAAAAAUGUACAAAACAAUUGUUAAUAAAGAAACGAAAUAAACAUACAGUGAAUUGUAUUUAAAAUUUC